AUGUUACAAGCUAUCUUCACGUGGCUUUGUUUAACUUGUAUUAAACAAAGCCUUUUCUUAUUUGCAUUGGUAUUUCACAACUGUGCAAUAUUCACAUGGGCAUCUUCAGAGCCCCUAUCUCCUAAACACUGCUCUAAUGAUACUGAUGUCAUAGAUCACUUGUUAUCAGAAGCAUCAGUGAGAUAUAAUCGUCAUAAGUUGCCAUCUAGACCAGUUUUAGUACGAAUCGAAAUGUGGAUUCAAGAAGUUACUUCUGUAUCGGAACUUACUCAGGAUUUUGAAAUUGAUUUAUAUGUCAAUGAAUUUUGGGAAGAUCCAGCUCUUAACUAUGAAGUGCUUUAUCCAUGUAAUGGAAAUUUAAGUUUUGAUCAUAGUAUCCAGGAGAGUAUUUGGAUUCCAAAUACUUGCUUCAUCAACUCCAAAAAAGCACUCAUCCAUAGUUCACCGUUUCGAAAUGUGUUUCUUAUGGUUUUUCCUAAUGGCUCAAUAUGGUCAUGUUGGCGUAUUAAAAGCACUGGUCCAUGUUCUAUGGAUUUGAGAAACUUUCCAAUGGAUUCUAUUUCUUGUAUGCUGAAAUUCGAAUCUUACAAUUACAAUAUUCAGGAAGUACGAAUGAGGUGGAAUAAACCUCAUGCAGUUUUAAUGUUUAAGGAUAUUGAGCUACCAGAUUUCACGCUUGUCAACUAUACGUUUUCAAGGACUGAAGCUGAAUACGCUGCGGGUUUGUGGGAUGAACUUAUGGUUUCAUUCACGUUUAAAAGACGAUAUGGUUGGUACAUACUACAAGGAUAUAUCCCAACUUAUCUAACAAUUUUCAUCUCUUGGAUACCAUUUUAUAUGAGUCCUCGCGCAAUGCCAGCUCGAACAAUGAUUGGUGUAAAUUCUCUCCUUGCAAUGACAUUUCAAUUUGGAAAUAUUAUCCGGAAUUUACCUCGAGUAUCCUAUAUCAAAGCAAUUGAUAUAUGGGUUUUCAGCGGAAUGACUUUCAUAUUUGCAUCAUUGAUUGAGCUCGCAGUAAUUGGUUUCGUGAGUAGCAAUGAAGGUCGUAAUGAUGGCCAAACUAAAACUAUCAAUAACGAAAGAAAAUCAUUCAUUUUUGAUAUCGAAAAACUGGAUUUGUAUUCGAGAACGACUUUUCCAACUUCAAUUUUUCGUAAGUUGGCAAUAUUAAUAAAUUUGAAUUAUGCACAUAACUUUACGGUAUUUCCAGUAGUUUAUGCAACAUUCAACGUGAUUUACUGGGGUUACUACAUGGGUGGAUUAUUACUGCAAUAA